AUGAAGUUCACACUGCCAUUCGAGCUUGGCAUGCUUGCCUCGAGCAUAUUCGCCUCGAACACCACCACCGUAUCUCCAUCCGUCUAUAUCCUAAGCACGUCGCCGCCAGCAACAAUCGCUCUCAGUAAAGCCUUAAACACAUUAGGAUACAGUCGUUUAGACCUCGAAUCAGACAUACUGGACCAGACAGCGCUAUCAAACACCUACGUCGAAGUAACGUCGAACAUGCAGCUCGCAGAGAUCGCUCGAUCACAACCCGACGCUAAGUUCAUAUUACCACGAGGUAGUCAACGUAUAGGGGAAGAAGAUUACGUGCUUUCGGCUCGGAAUUUCUUCGCCAAGGAAAAGCGCUCUCGCAAAAUUCUAGAGCUGGAUGUGCUUGCGCUAAAGGCGAGUUCGCAGGCGGAGAACUGGGUCCAGCUGUGCGACUUCUUAGGCAUGGGAUACAGCGUGGUGGAACGACUAGGCCUAUGGCACUUCCCGAAAUAA